UAAAAAGUAAAACCCCCGACUAAUAUCAUAAUUAGGGUCGGACGAGUCUCUUUCCCGGUUUCUAUUCAGUUUUUCCCACACCUAGUUAGGCCGUUAGGCGGGCGAUUUGAGAACCCUGGAAUAAGAAUAGAAACGGCGUUGAGGAAGAGGGCAGAUGGCAAGUCAGCUGAAAAACCCUAAAUAUCAUCCGAAGCUUAACCCCAACUGGGCUGAGCUAUGUCAAAAACUCAAUAUCAACGGCUCAAAGAAACAGCUCAUAAAGCCUUUGCGAGAAUCAGAAACCCCGAGUACCAUCUUGGGGAAGAGAAAAGAGAGGCAUAAUGUGCUAGCGAGUGAUUCGCAGACCAACCCUUUGGAUCCUACCUCGUCUGAUUUCAGUGUUACUAAUGUGAUAGCCAUGGAUUGCGAAAUGGUUGGUGUCAGCUCUCUUGGACACAAGAGCGCACUUGGGCGAGUCACAUUGAUAAACAGAUGGGGAAAUGUUAUAUAUGAUGAAUAUGUCCGGCCAAUGGAAUAUGUUGUUGAUUUCCGCACCAAAAUAAGUGGAAUCAGACCUCACCACUUGAAGAGAGCAAAGAAUUUCAAUGCCGUUCAGAAGAAAGUUGCUGAGCUGACUAAAGGAAGAAUUCUUGUUGGCCAUGCUCUGCACAAUGAUCUGAAAGCUUUGCUGUUAAGUCACCCAAAGAAUGACGUGCGUGAUACUUCCGAGUACCAACCUUUCCUAAAAGAAGGACGUAGUCGUGCACUUAGGAGUCUUGCAGCCGAAGUUCUAGGAGCAGAUAUACAAAAUGGAGAGCAUUGCCCGGUGGAAGAUGCACGUGCUGCUAUGUUGCUUUACUUAAAACACAGGAGGGAGUGGGAAAAGCAUGUCAAGAGGAUGAAGAAAAAACGGGGAAUCCGGAAGCCGAAGAAGAAGAAGCUGACGAGAGGUGCAGUCGUAGGUGAAGAAGAUCAACUUGCACCUGGAUAAUGGCUCCAGAGGCAUGAACUGCCAUUUUUUUUGUUUUCCUCAUAAAGAAAAAGGUUUCUCUGCUCAAACAGGUGAGGAAAUGAAUGAAUCUCUGUUCAAUAUAAAAGAAGAAACAGAGUAUUGUGCCUGCUCUUCUUCUUUCAAUGUCCUGAACCAGUCAUCAAUUUCCAGAGUUCACUGUCUCGGGUGGCGGAUGGCUUCAUUUGUUUUUUUAGGCUGGAUUGUUCUUAUUUUGGCACCAGAUAUCAUUUUCCCUUGACUGUUUUCGUAUGUUGGCCAUGGAAACAUAAAUAGGCUGGAAUACCAAAUUGGUAAAAAAGAGGGCUGCUUGACAAAUUGGUAAAAAAGAGGCUCCGGUCAUAUAGCUUAUUUUAGCAGCGUACUAAAAAAUGAACAUGUACUUGAGAUGAACUGAAUUUGGGAAUUAUAUCUAA